GCGCGUCUACUGAGCGCACGCGAGGCGAGCGAGGAAACCGCACUCUGUUCAAGACAACCAACUGAAGUUUUCCAGCAGACUCACGACUCUCUGAAACACAGCUCGAAAGUCACUGGAUGCACAGCGGGAUUCGGAGAGCAAGGGAAACUUUAAACAGCAGUCGAAAGAUUCUCUCCAGACGCUUGAAGAAUAACACAACGAUGCGCGCGGUGUGGAUUUAGUUUGGAUGUAUUUUCGGACUUUCUAAAAGGGGGUUUCUCCACAUAUCCACUCGUUUGCCUAGCAUGAUCGCUUUCAGACAACGAGAGCUAUAAAGGGAGCUCAGACGAGGAGGUUUUUGUUGGUUUAUUCGCAAACGAACAAUCCACAGAAACUUUUUCUUUCUUGCGGAGCAACCGCAGCAGCUUCGUUUCAUUCGGACCGAAUCCAAAACAAAUGGCUUUCCUCAAAAUGCAACACUGUUGUGGAAUUACUCGUUAUUUUCUUCUCCUUUUCACUGUGGCUCUACAAACGACCAGCGGUCAGUAUCACGGAGAAAAGGGCAUCUCCAUACCCGAGCACGGCUUCUGCCAGCCUAUAUCUAUACCUCUCUGUACGGACAUCGCCUACAACCAGACCAUUAUGCCGAAUCUUUUGGGACACACCAACCAGGAGGACGCCGGUCUCGAAGUGCACCAGUUCUAUCCCCUAGUAAAAGUGCAGUGCUCCAUGGACCUGAAGUUCUUCCUGUGCUCCAUGUACGCGCCGGUUUGCACGGUGCUCGAGCAAGCCAUCCCGCCGUGUCGGUCCCUUUGCGAGCGCGCGAGACAGGGCUGCGAGGCCCUCAUGAACAAGUUCGGCUUCCAGUGGCCCGAGCGGCUGCGCUGCGAGAAUUUCCCGGUGCACGGCGCGGGUGAGAUCUGCGUGGGCCAGAACACCUCGGACGCGGGGAGCCCCACUUCAAACCCGACGCCCUACGUCCCAGAACUGAUUACAUUACAGCCAAACCUGGUGGUCAGACCCAACCAGCAAUUCACAUGCCCGCUGCAACUCAAAGUGCCCACUUAUCUGAAGUACCACUUUAUGGGCGAAAAGGACUGCGGGGCGCCAUGCGAGCCCACUAGACCCAACGGACUGAUGUAUUUCAGAGAGGAAGAAGUCAAAUUCGGUCGCCUCUGGGUCGGCAUUUGGUCAAUUUUGUGCUGUGUUAGCACUUUGUUCACCGUCCUCACUUAUUUAGUGGACAUGAGGCGGUUUCGUUACCCGGAGAGGCCCAUCAUCUUCCUGUCCGGCUGUUACUUCAUGGUGGCCGUUGCAUAUGCAGCUGGAUUUUUCCUCGAAGACAAAGUCGUUUGCAUCGACAAAUUCAGCGACGACGGUUAUAAAACCGUCGCGCAAGGCACGAAAAAAGAGGGUUGCACCAUCCUCUUCAUGAUUCUCUACUUCUUCGGGAUGGCGAGUUCAAUCUGGUGGGUCAUUUUAUCUCUUACAUGGUUUCUCUCAGCGGGCAUGAAGUGGGGUCAUGAAGCCAUUGAGGCGAACUCUCAGUAUUUCCACCUCGCCGCGUGGGCAGUUCCUGCGGUUAAAACCAUCACCAUCCUUGCCAUGGGCCAAGUGGAUGGCGACAUGCUCACCGGGGUUUGCUACGUUGGCAUCUACAACGUGGACUCUCUGCGCGGCUUCGUCCUGGCGCCCCUCUUCGUCUACCUCUUCAUCGGUACCUCAUUUCUCCUAGCCGGCUUCGUGUCGCUUUUCCGCAUCAGAACCAUCAUGAAGCACGACGGCACCAAGACGGAGAAGCUGGAGAAGCUGAUGGUGCGCAUCGGCGUGUUCAGCGUGCUCUACACGGUGCCCGCCACUAUCGUGAUCGCCUGCUACUUCUACGAGCAGGCUUUCCGAGAGCAGUGGGAGAAGACCUGGCACAUGCAGACGUGCAAGAGAUUCGCGGUUCCCUGCCCGGUUAACAACUUCGCCCCCAUGUCUCCAGACUUCACCGUAUUCAUGAUCAAAUACCUGAUGACCAUGAUCGUAGGGAUCACCUCUGGAUUUUGGAUAUGGUCUGGAAAAACUCUGCAGUCGUGGCGCAGGUUUUAUAAACGGCUCAGCAACAGCAACCAGGGCGAGACGACGGUAUGAGAAAAAGAGCGAUCGUUUUCGGUCAUGCUUUGGCUGAAUGUCUCGUGCGGACUGUUACGCGGAGAGAGACUUGUUGAGUGAGUUUUGCGGACACUACUGUGCGUGGAAACAAACGGAGCCUCAUGAACAGUGUUAUCAGCCCGAGUCUGUUUAACCAUUGGGUUUUCUCGUAUAUUUGUAUGUGGAGAGAGAGAGAAAAAGAGACAUUAUUUCUGUGUAACACGAUGUCAUAUCUUGGUCACAUGUGAGACCUGUGCUCACGGUUGUGUACCUGAAAUGUUGGAUGUAGUUUGCCUUAUACACACAUGUACCAACACUUGUUUUAACCGGGGACUUGUAUGACUUUCGCAGCCCUCCGUCGACAAUCAUGCAUACUUGUGUGCACACACGGACCGUCGAGUACGCAUUAGGAUCCGGAUUCUUUUAUGCAUGUGUAUACAGCUGUGAAUUUAUGCAAGCUCCCUUUAAACGACGUAACGUGUAAAUAAUCACCUUUUCUCAAAGAAUAUAUGUAUUUAUGGAAAUAAUCUCGCAGUUUUUUACUUGAUUUUUAAAAUUUGGUAAGAGACCUUUGUAUCUGUACAGUUUCGCUGAAUAAAAUGAUUAGAUUUUUAA